AUGUUUUCCAUCGUACUCUUUAUGACUCUGCUAGGAGUCAAUUGGGUGGUCCAGGCCAUGGACAACUCAUUCACUAAUCCCAUGCUGCCGGGUUGGCAUUCGGACCCUUCCUGCACCGGCGUCAUUGCCGAGCUAAACAAUACAGCAUUCUGUACGGCAUCAACAUUCUUAGCAACGCCCGGUCUCCCAAUCUACGCAAGCCAGGACUUGGUGAACUGGAAGCUUGUCAGCAGCGCACUCACCCGAGAGACACAAUUGCCAGAGAUUGGCAAUUCCACAGCCGGGCAGCAGUCUGGCAUCUUUGCGCCCUCAUUCCGCUACCGGAACGGGACUUUCCAUCUUGUGGUCGUCUCCGUGCUCGACGAUGGCAUCUUGGGAACCAUCUUUACAACAUCCGAUCCGUACUCAGAUGAGGCAUGGUCUGAUCCGCUCCGCUUCUCAGCAGCAAGCAUCGACCCGGACCUCUUCUGGGACGACGACGUGGACGGACAGGCCUACAUCACCUUUGCGGGAAUCCAGCAGGUCAAGAUUGACCUCAGCACAGGGGAGACCACCACACCAUACAGCAUCUGGAACGGUACUGGUGGAGCAAGCCCAGAGGGUCCCCACAUCUACAAGCCUUGGAAUGAUGGCUACUACUACCUGAUGAUAGCUGAAGGCGGCACUGAACUGGGACAUUCGGAAACAAUCGCGCGUUCGACCAGCAUCGAUGGACCUUACGAAGCUUUUGAAGGGAACCCGAUCCUGACCAACCGCAACACAAGCGAGUAUUUCCAAACCGUCGGCCACGCAGAUCUGUGGCAGGACGCUGAUGGGAAUUGGUGGGGUGUUGCGCUUUCAACGAGGUCUGGCCCGGAAUGGCUCAAUUAUCCAAUGGGAAGGGAGUCGGUGCUUUUCAAUGUGACCUGGGAGGCGGGAGGUUGGCCAAUCUGCCAGAACCCCGUGCAGGGGCAGAUGACUGGGUGGGACUUACCACCUCGGUCAGAAGAUCUACCCGGCGAUGGACCGUUCGUAGACGACCCGGACGUGGUGGACUUUGAGGAGUACUCAUCCAUGCCAAAGCAGUUUGUGUACUGGCGGUGGCCAAAGAGUGAGAAUUAUGUGGUCUCGCCGGAGGAGAAACCAAACGCCCUCAAGUUACUUCCCAGUGUUGCUAACCUGACCGGUGGCGAGGACUUUGUAUCCACCGACGGCAUCACAUUUGUUGGUCGACGACAGACAGACACCUUGUUCAACUAUUCUGUUGACGUGGACUUCGGCGCCACUACAGCCGAGCAGGAAGUAGGUGUAACAGCUUUCCUCACCCAGGACCAGCACAUAGAUCUGGGUCUCGUUUUACUUCCGUCGGACAACACAACAACAGGCUUGGACUAUUACCUCCGGUUCCGUGUCACUGGCACCGGCAACUAUAAGGGUCCAGCCAUCGACACAGUCAUUCAGACCGUUCCGCGAACUUGGUUUCAGCCUUUCCGGCUUGGUGUCCAAGCCAUCAAUGAUACACAUUACGCCUUCUCGGCGUCUUCGACGAUUGAUAGUGACAACGCAGUCAUCAUGGGGUACGCGCCUGCCACCUUGCUAAGUGGAGGCACUGGCCCAUUCACAGGCACUUUGAUCGGCGCAUAUGCAACAAGCAAUGGCGGCACAGGCAAUCUACCUGCAUACUUAAGCAGAUGGAGAUAUCAGGGCCUAGGACAGAAGAUCGGACCGGAUGACUAUGUUGCGUCCAAAACCACCUAG